UAUGCUGUAUGAAAUCAUUUCAAUUUCAAAGCAAAGAGAAUUGUCAUAAAUCAGUUGCUGAUAUUUUUUUAGUUGUCAAAAUUUUUAACAAUGGUUGAAUUAAUUUCAGUGCCUUUAAAAAAACCAACAGAAGUGGACAUAGUAAAGCCAUUACAAAAUUUGAUACAAUCGACAUACAGCACAGCAGAUAAACCACAAGAUUAUACUGAAUCAAUUAACGAAUUACAGAAACUUAGAAAUACAGCUAUCUGGCGUGCUUUUGAUCGAUAUGAAAGUUCGUUGGACGUUAUCUACAACUAUUAUGACGAAAUAUCAGCAUUGGAAGGGAAAAUACCAGCACAUGAGGUUCAAAUACCUUUUAAAUGGAAAGAUGCUUUUAAUAAGGCAACAUUAUUCGGCGGCCGGCAGUCAUUAACAAUUUCUUCGUUAUCUUAUGAACGUGUUUGUGUCUUGUUUAAUAUUGCUGCAUUGCAAAGUGCUGUAGCUGCUAAUCAAAUUUUGGAUAGCGAUGAAGGACUUAAAUUAGCAGCUAAGCUAUUUCAGCAAGCAGCAGGAAUAUUUUACCAUUUAAAAAAUACUGUUAUGAGUGCAGUUCAACAAGAUCCCACACCCGAUUUAAAUCCUGAAACGUUACAAGCAUUAUCUUCAUUAAUGUUAGCUCAAGCUCAAGAAAUUUUCGUAGUAAAAUCUAUUCAUGAUAAUAUGAAAGAUGGUAUUAUUGCAAAAUUAUGCUGUCAAUGUGAAGAUAUGUAUGUUGAGGUGCUUAAAAUUUUCCAAAAAGAAAAUUUAAAAGUUUUAUGGGAUAGGGAAUGGCUUUCUUUGAUUGCUGGAAAACAAGGAGCCUAUCAUGCUUUAACAGAAUUUUAUCAAAGUUUAGUUUGUAAAGCAAGUAAAAAAGUUGGAGAAGAAAUUACUCGAUUAGAGCAAGCGUCACAAUUAUUAAAAACAGCUCAAACACGAUCGGGACGAACAGGAUUCUUCGAUGAAUUUAUGUCAAAGAUUCAACGAAAUCUUACAGAAGCAAAGAAGGAUAAUGAUUUUAUAUAUCAUGAACGAAUUCCAGAUCCAAAAAGUUUGGAACCGGUUGGCAAGGCAAUGUUAGCUAAAGUAAUUUCGUUACCAGAAAAAUUAGGAACUAAUUUUAAAGAUUUAUUCGGAGAAUUGGUACCAGUUGCUAUUCAUCAAGCUUUAGCUACUUUUGAUGUUCGCAAAAAUGAAAUUGUUAACACUGAAAUUUCACGAUUAAGAGAAUCAACACAAUUGCUUAAUAGUAUUCUAGCGUCUUUAAAUUUACCAGCUGCCAUAGAAGACACAGAAGGCACAGAUUUACCACAAUCUCUUAUCGAGAAAGCAAACAAUGUAUCAAGUGAAGGUGGUAUUUCAAGUUUACAAAAUUUGAUUACAGAAUUGCCAGAGCUAUUAAAACGGAACCGAGACAUUUUAGAUGAAUGUGAACGUUUAUUAAACGAAGAGAAAGAAUCUGAUGAUAAAUUACGUAGUCAAUUCGAAAGUCGAUGGACACGAACUCCCUCAGAAAAAUUAACAGAAAUGUUUAAAUCAAAUAUUGCAAAAUAUCGUCAAAUUAUUAAUAAUGCGAUUGAAGCGGAUAAAGUAGUGAAAACAAAAUAUGAAAUGCAUUUAGCAGGUAUGCAGCUAUUGAGUAAACCUAUAUCUGAAAUUGAAUCAGCGGUUCCUCAGUCAGCCGGUGGUGGUAAUGUUAAGGAUAGUUCUGCUGUAACCACUCUACGACGGCUAAUGGAGGAAGUGGAAACAAUAAAAGCAGAACGCGAUGUGAUUGAACAUGAAUUAAAAUCAGCUACAAUUGAUAUGAAAACAAAAUUUUUACAUGCAUUAGCACAAGAUGGCGGAGUUAAUGAAACCGCUCUAUCCGUUGAAUCUUUAGGACAACUCUAUGGACCAUUACAAAAACAAGUUAAAGCCAGUUUAGCUAAACAAGAAACACUAGUAUCUGAAAUUCAAGCCGCUAAUACUCAAUUUAUACGAGAAAAUGGCGCUGGUUCCAGUAGCCGUGAUACAAAAAUGAAAGAACUUGCAGCUGCACAUGAUGCGUUUAUUGAAUUGAAAAAUAAUUUGAAAGAAGGAACAACAUUUUACAAUAACUUAACACAGUUAUUGGUAUCAUUCCAAAAUAAAAUUUCUGAUUUUGUUUUUGCUCGUAAAACUGAAAAAGAAGAAUUAUUAAAAGAUUUAACCCAUGAAUCCAGUAGACAAUCUCCUGGCUCAGCCCCAACUUUACCCACUCAUCAUACCACAGAUGGCGGUACUCAUGGAACAAAUGCUCCGAGUCAACCUGAUAACUUACCUUACCCCGUAAAUUAUCAAGGAAUGCCGAUACCUUAUGGUGCUUCGACUCAAGCUCCUUAUCCAACAUAUAUACCACCACCAAUGCCUCAAGGGUAUAAUCCUUAUGGAACUUUGCCUGGAACAAUGCCCUAUCCUGCUACAUAUAACUAUCCAGGAGGAUUUCCUCAACCGCCACCUGGUGGUGUAAAUCCAGGUUAUCCAGGAUAUUCUGGCGGUGCAGGUUCUAAUUAUCCAACACAACAACCACCACACCAACAACCUCCUAAAUGGUAAAAAAUAUUUUAGCUUCUAAAAGAUCUAACAACAAAAAAUGAA